AUGAUUGAGGAUAACCAUUCCUUGACAACUGAGUUUAUCCUCACAGGAUUUACAGAUCACCCAGUGCUGAAGACCCUUCUGUUUGUGGUGUUCUUGGCCAUCUAUCUGAUCACCAUGGUGGGGAAUCUUGGUUUGGUGGCACUGAUUUUUAAGGAGCGGCAUCUUCACACACCAAUGUACGUCUUUCUGGGCAACCUGGCUCUGAUGGAUUCCUGUUGUUCCUGUGCCAUUACCCCCAGGAUGUUAGAGAACUUCUUUUCUGAGAACACAGUGAUUUCCCUCAAUGAAUGCAUGGCACAAUUUUACUUUCUCUGCCUUGCAGAAACUGCAGCCUGCUUUCUCCUGGCGGCAAUGGCUUAUGAUCGCUAUGUGGCCAUAUGCAGCCCACUGCAGUACCACACCAUGAUGUCAAAGAAACUCUGCAUUCAGAUGACCACAGGGGCCUUCAUAGCUGGAAACCUGCAUUCCCUGAUCCAUGUAGGGUUUCUAUUAAGGUUAACUUUCUGCAGGUCUAAUCAAAUUGACCACUUUUUCUGUGAUAUACUUCCACUCUAUCGACUCUCCUGUACUGACCCUUUUAUAAAUGAACCAAUGAUAUAUAUAUUUUCAAUGCCAAUUCAAAUCUUCACCAUUGCCACUGUCUUAAUCUCUUAUAUUUGCAUAUUUCUCACUGUUUUCAAAAUGAAAUCCAAAGAGGGGAGAGGCAAAGUUUCUACCUGUGCAUCGCACUUUCUCUCUGUCUCAAUGUUCUACAUUUGUCUCCUCAUGUAUUUUCGACCAUUUGAAGAAGGGAAUAAAGACACAGCGGUGGCGAUUUUUUAUACAAUAGUAAUUCCCUUAUUGAACCCUUUUAUUUAUAGCCUGAGAAAUAAAGAGGUGAUAAGUGUUCUGAAAAAAAUUAUGUGGAAUCAUAAUAUUCUUAAACAUCAUCCUCUAUGA